ACACAGCGCUCCGAAGCCGACCGUCACGCAGUUGUUGGAAUCCAAAAUGGCGCUAUGUUUAUGUCCAUACUUGGUUGUUUUUUAUACUUAGCAAGUGAAAUGGAAAGUGCCGGUGACCUAAAUCCCUGGAAAAAAUAACUUAACUUCAACAGUUGUGGUCAACGACAAAAACAGUAGACCUGUGAGUUCGAGGUUGAGCAGCAGCAGCAGCAGCGGGUCAUGAUGCAGGCGGAGGCCACAGAGUCUUCACUCAGAGAGGGCAUAGAAGCUCUGGGGGUGACAGACAAAUCUUCAGCUGGCAAAGACGAGGAGGAGGAGGCGGCGAGCAACACAGAGACGAAGGAUACUGAGCUGACAGCUGCCACAGAAGAAGAGCAGGAACAGGGUGAGGAGGAGAAUACUGCAGCCAAGGACGAACAAGAUGCAGACAUGGACACAGUGGAAGGAGAGACGGACAAAGACGAGGCGCAGACAGAGCUGGGUGAGACGGGUGAGGCGGGGAAACAGGCUGCUGACGCGGGCGAUGAAUGGGAGAUUGCAUACAGUGACGAGGAAAUGGAGGACCCCAAAAACUGGAUGCCUCCUCCUUCUGAGAUCAAAAGACUUUACGAACUUCUUGCUAAAGGAGAGAUGCUGGAAUUGAACUUUGAGCCUCUUCCUAGAAGACCGCCUACACCUGAACACGCACAGUCACCCGACAGAGAUGACGAGGAAGAGGCAGCAAAGGACAGGGAUAGGGAAGAGAGAGAGUGCAAGCCUCCAUCUCCAACUGAGUUUGACUUUGACGAGGAGCAGAUGCAAGCCACUCCGAAAAAUGCCUUUAUCAACAGACGCAGAACACCAGGAUCUUCUGCUCGCUCCUCUGUGAAACGAGAAGCUCGGCUGGACAAGGUUCUGUCAGACAUGCAGCGACACCGGAAGAUCGAGCAGCACAUCCUGCGCACGGGCCGCGACCUCUUCAAGAGCGAGAAGAAGGUGGAGGAGGCGCUGUCUCCUCACAGCCAGAGGGAGCGAGAGAAGGAGAGGGAACGAGACAGCAACCCGAACACCAUCUUCUCCCCGAGACAGAGGAGAUACUGAAGGAUUCACUGAGACCAGGACCAGGACCAGAACUGUCGAAAAACUUGAAUCUUUUUUUAGAAAUUUUGUAUUUCUAUGAAAUUUGUUUUCUGCGUGUGAUUUUUAUAAUGAAAAUAAACAGCGUAACCCUGGAAUAACUACAA